AUGGUAGCCAUUCUUGCAGUGAUCCAGGCAGGCUCAGAGGCCAAGCUUUGUGCCAGUCUUCUGCAGCCCAACGAGACCCUGGUCAUGACCAUAUCUCUGAUUGUUGAUGAGCAGAGCAAAAUUCUUCUCCAAGAGAGUUCUGACCAAGAGUUUCACCGCUGCUUCCAGUUUCAGGCCCCUCAGGUGGAGAGUGACCAAGUGCAAAACUUUAAGGUGGAGGUUCGAGGUGAAACGUUUCUAUCGACAGAGGAGAGAAAGGUCAUGAUCAAACCCUACAGUCCGAUGACAUUCAUCCAAAUGGAUAAACCAAUCUACAACCCAGGACAAACAGGUCAUUUUACACAGAGCCGGGGGUCUCCUGCACUGGACUCAGACCUCCUCAGAGACCUCAGCCUCCCUGGCAGUGGAGAUCAGCUCCUACGUUCUGCUGGCUUCCCUCAGUGCCUCCCCUCUGUCAUUGCCACUGACCUGGGCUAG